AUGAGUAUAGCUCCGAAGAUAGCACACAAUAAUGACUCUUUUUUUUUUUUUUUUUUUUUUUCCUCACAGACACAAACACUAGAACAGAACCAGUCUAAUGAACAACCCUCUGAACAGGAUCAUAGUAACGACAAUAAUAAUCAUAAUAACCACAGCAAUGGUGAUAGUGCCCUUGCGGCUGGAAUCAGCCGAGAUGAUACCCAACUAUCACCUGAACACCAGCAGCAACCAUCGCCCCCAAAGCAACAGCAACCUAUUAUCCCACAACCCAGUAUUCCUUUUGCAGUCUCUACACCAGGCAACCCUAUCCUUAUCAAAAAACACAAUCUCACACCUCUAGCUCUCUCGUCCAACCCAACAUCCUCCUUGAAUCGAUCCUCGCCCCCUUCUCUGUCCCCAAAAUUCAGCGGUAGUGGCAACAGGAAACUGUCUGUAGACCUUUCACCUUCUGCACGGCUCUCAUUCCUUGGACCAUCUUCCGGAGGCACAGGGGAUAAGACGAAACAAGGACUGGAUAUCGAUGACAUGAUCUCCAGACUACUGGACGCAGGAUACUCUGGUAGGAUCUCCAAGGGGAUCUGUUUGAAGAACAGCGAGAUCUUAUACAUCUGCCAGUGUGCACGAGAAGUUUUCUUAUCACAGCCCACGCUCAUUGAGUUGAAUGCGCCUGUCAAGAUCGUUGGUGACAUUCAUGGACAGUACACAGAUAUGUUGAGGUUGUUUGAGAUGUGCGGCUUCCCGCCAUCGGCCAAUUUUUUGUUCCUAGGUGAUUACGUGGAUCGAGGCAAGAUGAGUUUGGAGACCAUUUUGCUGUUAUUCUGUUACAAGAUCAAGUAUCCGGAGAAUUUUUUCCUGUUGAGAGGCAAUCAUGAAUGUGCCAAUGUGACAAGAGUGUAUGGAUUCUAUGACGAAUGCAAGCGCAGGGCUAGCAUUAAGAUGUGGAGGGCAUUCGUGGAUGUGUUCAACUGCCUGCCCUUGGCCGCUAUUGUUGCCAAUAAGAUUUUUUGUGUACAUGGUGGACUAUCACCCAAUCUCUCGACGAUGGAUGACAUCCGGGCGAUCCGACGCCCUACAGACGUACCAGAUUUUGGAUUGCUGAAUGAUCUAUUGUGGUCAGAUCCAUCAGACACAGCGGCGGACUGGGAAGAUAACGAGCGUGGUGUUUCAUAUUGCUUUGGACGGAGUAUCAUCCAAAAGUUUUUGAAUCGUCACGAUUUUGAUCUAGUAUGUCGAGCGCACAUGGUAGUGGAGGAUGGAUAUGAGUUCUUUAAUGACCGGACACUGGUUACUGUCUUUUCGGCACCCAACUAUUGUGGCGAAUUCGAUAACUACGGAGCUGUGAUGAGCGUGAACGAAGAUCUGCUGUGUAGUUUCGAGCUGUUGAAGCCAAUUGAUCCAGAAACAGCACGAGCACAGAUGCAGAGCCUUGCAGCGUCAGCAGGCGGAUGGAGAGUGAACAAGCAACGGCUCAGGUAA